GCAGCGCAUGCACGCGCAGCGAUGAAGAGCUCGCCGUGCCUUGCAGCAUCGGGGUUUCCAUCGACAAUGGAUCGACAAACCGUUCGAAUCCGGGGAAGAUUUGCGCUUACAGCCGUCGUCGACGACGCCCUAUGAGUUGCCAUCCAUGACGUACGCCGCGGUCGCACGCUUCAUCCCUCAGCGCUCGCGGGGUUUUGCCGACCUGUCACCCACCCUUUUGCCCGUCGUUUUCCCGUCCCCUGCGACGAGAUUUUGAGGUUCGGGUGCACGGAUAAUGCAUUGCGAAUUUGCGUGAUGUCGCACGGCUCUUUCACGUGCUGGCUACCUUCCGCCUGACCGAUGUCGGCCAGCAGCAUGGGUUGAUCUUCGGCACCCCCGUUGAAAUUUUGGCGCUCGGAGUGAGUUAGUUACAGGGCCGCUUUAUUUCUAUCUUGGAAAAGCUUCGGGAUUGGGCUCCCGGGCUCCGCUGGGGAUCAUUAAUGACGCGCGGAAUCUUCUCAGAUUUCUGGAGUCGUAGCCGUUAUUUGAAUUCCGUCCGACGCGAAUUUCUAUUUCUUCUUUGAACUUUAGGUUUUCCGGGGCGCUCAGUCGAGGUGGGUGACAGUAUGCGCGGAAUUAUGUGCGCAUGUUGGCAGAGUGUUCCUUGCGCGAGCGACAAAGUUUCCGAACGCUUUCCGCGCGCCUCGUAGUUCGUCCGGAGGAUUUCUCGAGCCAGGCCUCGAGGAUUGAUGAGAUAAUUUCCGGACGAAGGCUGGAUGGUCAUGCAAUUAGGGGUUUAACGGGGAGGAAGUGGUGCAACAUCCGCUGUGUCAUUCCUGAAGGUCUUGAUUAUUUGUGACGGAAAAAUUAUGGCAGCUGUUUCAGACUCUUGCGGGAGCUCGAGUUUGUGAGAGAUAACAUGACUGCAGUAUCGAUGCACAUGCCGAGCAUGGCUCCUCCAGGCCCUCCUCCUUCGCAAGCUCUAAGACCUGCGAGUCCAGGGAAUGCGUAUCAACAUCCAGCACUUUCUGGUCCCAACCACAUGCAGACGGUUGCGGCUUCCGGUGUUGGACAAGGGUCUGCCUCCAAUCUCUCCCUUGCCCUUCCGCUCUCAAACAAUCAAGGCGCUUCGAAUGUCUUGAUGAAUUCUUCGAACUCGACUGCAAUGACGAACUCCUCCGACGGCUCAAUGUCCCUCACAAGAGUAAAACUUGCCGACAUGCUUCCUGAAGACGGAGCUCCAUCUGGGGUGUAUACCCGCACUGUUGAGAAUCUUUCAACUUCUCUCGUCAGGCAUAAUGCAGCAGUUAUCGAGCUGAACGGGGAAGAUGCAGCGCUUGUUCGGUGUGCUUUGGAGUCCGCCAAGUUGUACUUUCGAAGCAGGGGUGGAUCUGGAGGACAGGUUCAAUCAUGGGGUGGGCCCGAUUGGACAAAGUCCAGUGGAUAUGUCGCUGCACCAUCUCGAGAUCUUUAUCUGUAUCGAGCAGGCAAUACGGGCAGAUCUAACUUUGACGACGUCGAGCCUCCACCGCCAGUUAUGCCGGAAGUCUUUCGAUGUCUUGGAAAAGCUUCGAGAGCAUCUCUCAGUGCGAUCGCCCGGCAGCUUCGUCUUCGCGGCGAUGUGUUUGGAUCCAUGUUGGACGACUCCCCGUUGCCAUCGGGAGAAGUAUCGUCCUCUGUUCUCACAGCGACGUCAUUUCAUCCCACCGGAGGGAGCGGAAAGUCGGUCAUCCCCGCAGACGCAAGUAUGGGUCAGGAAGUGGAGAAGGGAUUGCUCAUGCUAAUUGCUACCGAUACCCCUGGUUUGCAGGUGUGUGAUCCAACUGGACGCUGGUUCCUGGCAGACAACGGAGUGGGUCCAGGAGAUCUGAUCCUACUCACAGGGAAAGCGCUUCAGCAAGCGACUGCUGGAAUCAGAAAAGCUUCUACUUAUCGUGUGGUUCCCCUUCCUCCGAAUCACGCUCCAGGUUCUGCAGGGAGGACUUCACUUGCCUUCCGGUUGAUGCCACGCAGUAAUGCAACAAUCGAUUGCACUCCAAUGCAAGAAGCCGGACAUUCUGUAGCUGAUAGCUACGUACCCAUAUUAGUUUCAACAUUUAUGGACAACCUGUCGGCGGCGGAAGCUCUCAACAGCAAUGGGUCUGAAAAUAGUCUUGAAACAAUGAAUGCAAGUUCAGAGCCGUCUCUGAGAUCCUGCUUAACUGAUCCUAUCAGUGGUCAGUUCUUGGAGGAUGCCAUGGUCGCUCAGUGUGGGCAUACUUAUGGAGGGCUGACACUGAAGAGAGUCUACGAAACACUAACAUGUAAUUCAUGUAAUGCAACGGUGGAAGGGAGUUCCCUGAUUCCUAAUAUUGCCCUAAGAGAAGCUGCCAAGGCUUACAAGCGCGAAUUGCAGUUUAGAAAUCCGGCUUCGUUGAAGAACGUUAAGCGGAGGAGAGAAUUUGUGGAUCAAGCAGAUCAAGCCAGAUCAAAAAGGCCGAACAAGGACCAUCCUAGUUCACCAACAGAGAAGGAAAAUGUUCCCCGCGUUGGGGGUGGGAAAGGGGUACAAUAUCCUUUUUCUGUCAACGAGAAAGUAAUGAUUAAGGGAAACAAGAGGACGCCGGAAAAGUUCGUCGGAAGGGAGGCACACAUAACUUCCCAAUGCUUAAAUGGAUGGUACUUAUUGAAAACGCUAGAUAAUGGUGAAAGUGUCCGCCUCCAGUAUCGAUCGCUGCAGAAGACAACUGGCGAUCAUAAUGGCGUGAUUGAGGAGAGUAGAGUGCACGGAACACACCACGCCUACCACGUAAGCAGGGUCACUGUAUUUUAGUACAGCAGCGAGGCCUCGAAUUAUUGAAGAUGGGUUCAUCUCGACAUGACCUCGACCAUAUCGUGCACAAGAACGUGUGUGGGAAAAUUUUGGGGUGGGUUUCCUCACUUGUAGAGAUGAGAAGACGUGUUUGGGCAGGGUCCGUUUUGUGGGAGAACGCUUGGAAAGGAGAGUCUUCACUAGCACGCCAAACUUUGUGUGCCAGUUGCUUUGGCUUUUGUGAAAAUGUCACCAAAGAAGAUUGGGAAAAAUGCUUAGGGAGAAAGAAAGUCUUCAAUGGUCGGGAUAGUGAUGGUCAUGGAUAAAUGAGUACACCAGAAUGAUUAUUCGAAGUUUACGGUUUGGAUUGUGUGAUAAGUGGGAGUUGAGUUUUCGCACUUAAGAAUGAUGGUACGAGUCUAAAUGUCCGCACACUCGCGUCAUAUUCAUACAGUUCCACGGUUCUGCACUGUGCGAUGCAUCUUCGUAAUACUGUGAUUGCUAGUGGCAGUCUUUCACGCGAUGCGUUGGUUCAGCGCUGUCCGUCAUGGCUAGUCUGAUGUGGCAGCUGUGAAGCCACGCAUGUCUAGCAAGUCAGUUCUUUUCUUCCUCAUUCGACUUGUGAUACCCGUCUGGAGUUCGAGAUUCCGUCGGCAGCGAUCAGUGGCAUGCAAUGACACACAGAAAAGGUUGUUUUUUCCUUUUCGUUCUUU